AUGGCCAACGCAACGAUUAACAGAAGGAAAAUUAGGGGACUCACGCGAACGGGACGACAGGUGAGCGAGGAUCCGGACCUCGACAAUUUGUUGUCCAAUUUGUCGCCCGAAGAAAUGGAAGAGCUGGAAAAAGAAGUUAUGACUGUUCCGGACCCGGAUCCGAAAGAUAUUAUUGUAGUGGACCACACGGAUUUAAAGCCCACAUCUAUAGUUAAACGGAACCAGCGAGAUGAUGAGUCCAAAAAGUCUGUUCAAAGAGAUGACGAGUCAAAGAAGUCGCUUCAAAGAGACCAGUCUAUUGAGGGAGAGCCUAAAAAAGAGAGUCGUAAACAAGAAUACCUGAGGAAAAUGGGCCUGAGCCAGGAGAGAAGUCUCUCCAGAUCUGACAGUAAAGAUGGAGAUAUUCAGAGACAGAGCAGCAUCUCUGUUAAACAAGCCAAUAAAGUGGAGGACAAGAACCGAAGACUGACAGAGCAAACAAAUGAUGACAGACCAGGCCCAUCUAAUCGAUUCACACAGAAGCAGACCAAAGACAGUGAGAAGAAAGGAGAGAAUACAGACAAAGAGCAAAAAGAUGAGAGGAAGCACAAGGAAGAAAGAGAGGUAAAAGAGCCUAGUAAUAGCAAGACAAAACAAAUGAUUUCCAAGCUUCAGGAGAAAAAGGAUGAUAGUCGAGAGAGAGAGAGAAAAGAGGAGAUUAGGAAAAGGGAGACAGGGGAAGGCAAGGCAAAAGAGAUGAUCUCCAGGUUACAAGAGAAAAAGGAAAAGGAGGAGAAUAAGGAGAGAGAGAGAAAAGAGGAUGUUAGAAAAAGAGAGGAAAGGAGGACAAAGGGUCUAAUUUCCAAACUGGAGGAAAAGCAAAGUCAAGUUUCAGAAAACCAGACAGAAGAGGACAAGAAAGGAGGGGAGAAAGACAAGGCUGAUAAGAACCUUGAACAAGUUAAGACAAUAGAGAAUGAGAAAGAGACAACAGUGAAGGAAGAGGGAAAAAAUGUUAUGGAGAAAGCAAAAGAGAAUGAAAAGGAAGAGAAGAAGGAAGAGAGGAAUAAAGAAAGUACUAAAGCGCUGGAAAAGCCGAACGAAAUCAGUGGUCAAAAGGCGAAAGUGGAGGAAAAUGGGGGAGAUAUGAUGAUCCCUAAUGAGCCUCCGAAACCGGAAAAAGCAGAAGUUGGAAAUUGUGUAGCAGACAGUUCAAAAAGCAAGACUAAAGAGGAGGAGGAAGAAGAUGAAUCAACCAGCAUGUUUGAUGAGGAUUUGCAAAGAGUCCGGAGCAAUGACCCAGGGAUGACUGAGCUCAAUGUCAAUAACUCUGAAGUUAUCAAGACCAAAACACUGAUUCAGUUUGCCGAGGCCCUGAGGGACAACACCCACAUCAAGACGUUUGCCCUUGCCAACUGCCGUGCGGACGACCAUGUGGCAUAUGCUAUUGCGGGCACAUUACGUCACAACAAAACCCUCACUAGCAUCAAUCUGGACUCCAACCAUCUCACCAGCAAAGGUAUCAUGGCAAUAAUUCAAGCCCUUCAAUACAAUUCCACUCUCACUGAACUGCGCUUCCACAACCAGCGGCAUAUCUGUGGAGGAAAGUCAGAGAUGGAGAUGACCAAGAUACUGAAGGAGAAUACAACACUCCUAAAGCUAGGCUAUCAUUUUGAGUUGGCAGGCCCACGCAUGACUAUGACCAACAUCCUGAGUCGGAACAUGGACCGACAACGGCAGCGACGUCUCAAGGAGCAGAAACAAGCACAGGCUCAAGCCAAUGGAGAUAAGAAAGACACACUGGAAGUGCCCAAGCCUGGUAAGGGCUUCACCAAGGGUUCUCCUAAAGCUUCACCCAAACCCUCUCCCAUACCAUCUCCUAUACCAUCCCCUAAGCUGACACCCAAGAAAGGUGGUGGACCAGGUGGUCCUCCACCCCCACCUGCACCUCCACCUGCACCUAUGCUAGAUGGAGAUUUCUUGCGAAACUCCCUAACUCCUGUGUCACAGAGAAAGCUUGAGGAUAAGACCGGAGGCCGAGGGAGCGCUAAAAACUCAAGGGACCAACUUCUUGCUUCUAUCAGAAACAGCAAUAUUAAACAACUUAAAAAGGUUGAAGUACCAAAGUUACUGCAAUAA